AUGGGCAAACUCGGAACCGCUCUCCAGGCUGGUCAGACUGCCAUUGAGCUAGGCCGCAGUGCUCAAGGCCUCGCCGGCGCCGCGUCUGAGUUUCGGGCCGCCGACAAGGGGGAAAUUGGCCGCAAAGCCGGCCGCGGUGUCUUUAAUGAAGGUGCCGAGACAGGCAAGACCUUGGGAAAGACUUGGCUCAAGACCUUUGAGGUCAUACCACGCCUUGUGUGCCGCGGGCUGCAGUUCUUAUUUGCCCUCAUAGCCUGCGGCUUCUACGGGAACCGCGUCGACGCAGACCGCAAGGGCGACGACGGCUUCUCGCCUGAGUGGAUUCUUGCCAUCACUGUCGCCGGGGCUUCGGCCGUCACAGCUGUCCUCUUUGUUGCCGCCACGCCCCUCGGCGCUAUUCCUUUCAUCGGCAGCAAAAUCAAGAUAUUCAAGACAUAUCGCGCUUUUGUCUGGGAUCUGAUUCUUUUCAUUGCCUGGAUCGUCGUCUUCGGCAUUUUCGCGGCGAUCUUUCUCAAGAGAGACAGCGAAGACUCGUACAAGGGCAGCAAAACCGGGGUGAUGAAAGUUGCUGUUUGGAUAGAUUUAGUGAACGCUAUUCUUUGGUUCACUUCCGGCGUUUACGGUUGCAUCAAAACGUUCUUGGGGGAUAAGACAGACCAAAUGACGGACAAGAUUGGGCAGAAGAUUUUCGAGAAGAAGCAAGCACCAGUCAAGGAGACUGGCUACGCAGAGAGUGUAUAA